CAUAAUUCACUUUCAGAAAAUCAAAGAUCACUUAAAAAAAAAAAAAGUUAAUUAAUUUGUUUACUUACAGUUGAAGUCAGAAGUUUACAUACACUUAGUCAUUAAAAAUAAUUUUUUAACCACUCCAUAGACUUCAUAUUGGCAAACUAUAGUUUUGGCAAGUCGAUUAAGACAUCUAGUUUAUUUAUUUAUUUUUUUCAACAGUUGUUUACAGACAGAUUGUUUCACUUUUAAUUGACUAUAUCACAAUUCCAGUGGGUCAGAAGUUUACACACACUAAGUUAACUGUGCUUUUAAGCAGUUUGGAAAAUUCCAGAAAAUGAUGUCAAGCCUUUAGGCAAUUAGUCAAGUCAAGUCAUUUUUAUUUGUAUAACGCCUUUCACAACAUGCAUCAUUUCAAAGCAGCUUUACAGAAAAUCAUGCAUUAACAGAAAAUGAAACUGUAAUAUCUAUAAUGUCUUAGAGUCAUCAUUGUGUAGUUUGAUAAAAUACGAUUUGUGUUUAAAAAUAUGUAUUAUAGGCUUCUAUAGCUUCUUAUAGGCUAAUUGGAGUCAAUUGCAGGUGUACCUGUGGAUGUAUUUUAAGGCCUACCUUCAAACCCAGUGCCACUUUGCUUGACAUCAUGGGAAAAUCAAAAGAAAUCAGCCAAGACCCCAGAAAAAAGUCUGGUUCAUCCUUGGGAGCAAUUUCCAAAUGCCUGAAGCUACCACGUUCAUCUAUACAAACAAUAGUAUGCAAGUAUAAACACCAUGGGGCCACGCAGCCUCAGGAAGGAGACGCAUUCUGUCUCCUAGAGAUGAACGUAGUUUGGUGCGAAAAGUGCAAAUCAAUCCCAGAACAACAGCAAAGGACCUUGUGAAGAUGCUGGAGGAAACAGGUAGACAAGUAUCUAUAUCCACAAUAAAACGAGUCCUAUAUCGACAUAACCUGAAAGGCUGCUCAGCAAGGAAGAAGCCACUGCUCCAAAACUGCCAUAAAAAAGCCAGACUACAGUUUGCAUGUGCACAUGGGACAAAGAUCUUACUUUAUGGAGAAAUGUCCUCUGGUCUGAUGAAACAAACAUUUAACUUUUUGGCCAUAAUGUCCAUAAUUAUGUUUGGAGGAUAAAAGGUGAGGCUUGCAAGCCAAAGAACACCAUCCCAACCGUGAAGCAUGGGGGUGGAAGCAUCAUGCUGUGGGGGUGCUUUGCUGCAGAAGGGACUGGUGCACUUCACAAAAUAGAUGACAUCAUGAGGAAUUUUUAGGAUAUAUUGAAGCAACAUCUCAAGACAUCAGCCAGGAAGUUAAAGCAUGGUUGAAAAUGGGAUUUCCAAAUGGACAAUGACCCCAAGCAUACCUCCAAAGUUGUGGCAAAAUGGCUUAAGGAUAACAAAGUCAAGGUAUUGGAGUGGCCAUCACAAAGCCGUGACCUCAAUCUGAUAGAAAAUUUGUGGGCAGAACUGAAAAAGUGUGUGCGAGCAAGGAGGCCUACAAACCUGACUCAGUUACGCCAGUUCUGUCUGGAGGAAUGGGCCGCAAUUCCAGCAACUUAUUGUGAAGCUUGUGGAAGGCUACCCAAAAGACUAAAUGGAAGUGAAAGAGCAAAGACAAGAACUGAAAGAAGUGGAGGAGGAAAGUCAAGAACAGAAAGAAGCUGAGGAGGAAAGACAAGAACUGAAUGAAUCGGAGGAGGAACAUCAGGAUCAGGACCCCCAUAAUGUCACAACUGGAGAAAAAUCCUUUAAUUCCUCAGAGACUGAAAAGAAUUUCUCACAAAAAAGAACAGAACCCAAAAAUUUCCCUUGCCCUCAGUGCGAAAAGUGUUUUGCACGUAUAGGACACCUUAUGACUCACAUGAAAAUUCACACAGGAGAGAGGCCUUACAUAUGCCCUCAGUGUGGAAAGUGUUUCACAUGUAAAGGAGGCCUUAAGGAACACUUUAGAAUUCAUACUGGUGAGAGGCCUUUUAAUUGUACUCAGUGUGAAAAGAGUUUCACAAAUUCAGGAGGACUCCGGAGGCACAUUAGAACUCACACUGGUGAGAGGCCUUUCAUCUGCACUCAGUGUGAAAAGUGUUUCCCAAAUUUAACAGAACUUAAGAGGCACAUAAAGAGUCACUCUGUGGAGAGGCCUUUUUCAUGCCCUCAGUGUGGAAAGUGUUUUAAGCAAAAAUGUGUUCUUAAGGAACAUGCAAAAAUUCACACUGGAGAGAGGCCUUUUGCAUGCAUGUUGUGUGGAAAGAGUUUCGCACAUCACAGCACCUUAAAAUGUCAUAUGAAAACUCAUUCUGGAGAGAAAUCACACGAAUGUCCUCAGUGUGGCAGGAGAUUUGCAGAGGCGAACAAUCUAAAAACUCAUGUGCUCGCUCACUCUGGAGAAAGGCCGUUUCACUGCGAUCAGUGUGGUAAAAAUUUUCUUUUGGCAAUACAGCUAAAGACACACAUGAGGAUUCAUACAAAUGAGAAACCUUACUUGUGUUCUUUUUGUGGAAAGAGUUUUGUAUGGCUGAACGGUUUAAAAGACCAUCAGAAAACACAUAUUGAUGAGAAAACCUAUGAGUGCUGUGAGUGUGGGAAAGCCUUUAAGAGAGCAGCUGAAUUGAAAGUGCACGAAAGAAUCCACACUGGAGAAAAACCCUACAAGUGUUUAUUCUGUGAAAAGAGUUUCGCUCAGUCAUCUGGCCUAACAGUGCAUGAAAGAGUCCAUACUGGGGACAAGCCAUAUCACUGCCCUUUAUGUGGGAAGACUUUCAGUCGAUGUGGUAGUCUCGGGAAACAUUUAAAAAAGGCUUGCCGAAAGUUGUCAAAGUGAGCGAGGUGCACCUUCAGGUUCAUCAGAGUUCUUGCAAAAGAGCAAUUUUGAAAUUUAGACAAAGGAAAUUUAAGGGAGGUCAAAGUAUUAGUUCAGAAAACAAGUGAGUUCCACUGAAAUGCCACAUAUGUAAUCAUUUCUGCAACCCUAUAAUGAAAAUGUUUAAAGAAAAUAGACAAUUUCAGUAAUUUCUUUAUUCCUUUUUGUUUGUAAAAAAUCUAUCAAGUUGGGGUGUGUGCUAGUUUAUGGUACAUUUAAGUCAUUUACCUGUCCUAUAAAGAAAGCAACUAAUCUGUAGUGUGUAGUGUACUUAUUGUACAUUAUAUUUACCAGAAAUAAAAAUGAGCAAAAUAAUGUGUUGUGUCACUUA